ACUUCAUAUACUCCUAGGCUGUUGUAAUAGCGGAAAUUUUUCUGCGUAUACUCGUACGGGAUUCAAAGUUUAAAGAUUUACCAACAAAUUGCAUAAACUGCCCACUGCUAACGCGCUACGCUCAUAUCUUCGAAAAAUGGCAACAGACUCUGGCAUUUUAGAGACAGUGGAAUUGCAAUUGCCCCAAGGCCGCAUCCGCGGUGCGAAGCGGGAGACUGUCUAUGGCGAUACGUAUUACAGCUUUGAGGGCAUUCCGUAUGCACAACCACCUGUUGGAAAAUUACGUUUUCGCGCACCUGUACCCUUUGGAAAUUGGAAAGAGACACUUGACGGCACUAAAAGUCCACCUAAGCCGGUGCAAAAGAAUUCGAUAACUGGUCAAAUAGAGGGUAGCGAGGACUGUCUAUACCUGAAUGUGUUCACGAAAAAUAUUAAUGUAACUAAGCAAAUGCCCGUAAUGGUUUGGAUUUAUGGUGGCGCUUUUCACACAGGUCGUGCAGCUCGCGAUCAUCAUGGACCGGAUUACCUUAUGCGUGAAGAUGUUGUGUUUGUUUCCUUGAACUAUCGGCUCUCCUCGUUGGGUUUCCUAAGCCUAAGUGAUCCGAAACUUGAUGUGCCCGGCAACGCCGCUCUCAAAGAUCAACUGCUCGCCCUUAAGUGGGUAAAGAAAAAUAUUUACCACUUCAAUGGCAAUUGCAAUAAUAUCACCGUUUUUGGUGAAAGCGCUGGCGCUGCUUGUGCACACAUUUUAUCUUUGUCCGAUCAGGCACGUGGCCUCUUCCAACAGGUGAUUUUGAUGUCUGGUUGUGCCCUCAACUUUUGGGCUAAUAUGCAGCAAACAGAUAUGGCUUACCGUCUGGCGACAUAUCAUGGCUAUAAGGGAGCAUUCGAGGACCGCGCAAUACUUGCAUAUUUAGAAAAUUUGGAUGCAGGAAAAUUGGUCGAUCACUCACUACUUAAUGAGGAAGAAAUAUGUAAUUUGCAUAUACUGAGCUUUGCACCGACUAUUGAACCGUACGUAUCAGAUCAUUGCAUACUGCCAACCGAUCCAUUGAAUUUGUUGAAAUCAGCAUGGAGUAAUGGCAUACCAAUUCUAAUGGGUGGCACCUCAUUUGAGGGAUUGCUUAUAUAUCCACACCUGAAGAUAUAUCCACACAUUCUCGAUGUAGUUAGACAGGAACCAGAAAAAGUUUUACCUUCAGAAGUAAGAGAUCAGCAUAAAAGCGGCUGGAACCAAGCUGAAGGUUCACGCAUACUGCAAAUGUACUUUGGCAAAGAGAAGGACGCGGUGGUGGCAAAGCAGCUAAAGCAAGAUCCCAUAUUCGAUUUGCUGCACCUUUGCUCACACAAAAUGUUCUGGCACGGCCUACACCGCACAGCACUCGCACGCAGUAAAUAUGCCACUGCCGUCACGUACCUCUAUCGUUUCGAUUUCGACUCGCCCACCUUCAACCACCAUCGCUUACGUUUUUGCGGCAAUGAUUGUGUGAAUGGUGUGGCGCAUGGCGAUGAUCUCUCCUAUUUAUUUUACCUAACUGAGUCUUGCAAGUUGGAGAAAGAUACGCCGGAGUAUACGACUAUCCAACGCAUGGUUGGCAUAUGCACCUCCUUUGCCAAACUGGGCAAUCCCAAUUGUGCUGAGAUCAAACCGAAUGUAUGGCUACCGAUAGAAAAGACAAAACCCGAUGUUGGUUUAAAUAUUAGUCAUGAGGUGCAAGUAAUGCAAAUACCAGAUGCUGCUAAACUGGCGCAAUGGGACGCUUUGUAUGACAAACAAAUGCUCUACGAUUCGGUAUCUGAUACUGAGGAAGAGCCUGUAAAAUUUUCGAGCGCUAAUUAACAUACCUGAGCUAUUGAUUCGGUUGAAGUGCUGAUGGAUUAGAUAAUCACAUGUGAGAUAUGAAUUUGUAGAUACUAAUAGAUUUUGUUAUAUUCUUUCUAGAUUUUGUUAUAUAUUAUCGUAAUUUUUCGGGUGGUAUAAUUUAUAUAAAUAUUGCGGAAUGUCAAAUAUGAAAUAAAGC